ACCUUGGUACUGAAUGUGAUAAGCAAGAAGAUGGCCAAGAUUAGUACUCAGUACUCUCACUCCUCUGUAGCCCACCUCUCUGUGAGAACCAAGGAUAGAGAUCUUGAUCACCUUGAAAAUGGCCUCAGCAGGACCAAUCCGCCAUGUGAAGAGAUGUCCUCAGAAUUGCAGCAAGGGAUCGCCAUGGAGACCAGAGGACUGACUAAAUCCAGGCAAAGCUCCUACAGCGGCCCAGGGCCUGCCAGGGUGUCUCGCCUCAUUAUGUCUUUACGCGCAUGGGCUGCCAGGCACUUGCACCAGGAGGACCAGAGACCUGACUCUUUUCUGGACCGUUUCCAUGGAGCUGAGCUCAAGGAGGUGUCUAGCCAAGAAAGAAGUGCCCCAGCGAAUGUGGGCAGUCAGGAGCCCCCAGACAGAGGGAGAAGUGACCUGCCCCUGGCCAAAAACAAUGCCAAUGUCUGCAACAACUCAGAGAAGGAUGACAAGGAGACAAAGGAGAAAGAGAAAAAGGAAGAAGAUAAAAAGAAAGACUCCCCUAAACAAGAAGAAGAGAAGGAGGCCAUCGUGGUGGAUCCCUCCAGCAACGUGUACUACCGCUGGCUGACCAUCAUUGCCAUGCCCAUCUUCUACAACUGGUGCCUGCUUGUGUGCAGGGCCUGUUUUGAUGAGCUGCAGUCAGAGCACCUGGUGUUGUGGCUGGUCCUGGACUAUUCAGCAGAUAUUCUCUAUGGCUUGGAUAUGCUAGUGCGAGCCCGGACAGGCUUCCUUGAGCAAGGCUUGAUGGUCAAGGAUGCUGAGAGACUAUGGAAGCAUUAUACAAAGACCUUGCACUUCAAGCUGGAUGUGUUAUCCCUGGUCCCUACAGAUUUGGCUUAUUUAAAGCUGGGCAUGAAUUACCCAGAACUGAGAUUCAACCGCCUGCUGAGGUUUUCCCGGCUCUUUGAAUUCUUUGACCGUACGGAGACAAGAACCAACUACCCCAAUGUGUUCAGAAUUGGGAACUUGGUCUUGUACAUCCUUGUCAUCAUCCACUGGAAUGCCUGCAUCUACUUUGCCAUUUCUAAGUUUAUUGGUUUGGGCACAGAUUCUUGGGUUUACCCAAACAUCUCAAACCCAGAGUAUGGGCGCCUCUCCCGCAAGUACAUUUAUAGUCUCUAUUGGUCCACCCUGACCCUGACCACCAUCGGAGAGACCCCACCCCCUGUGAAAGAUGAGGAGUACCUCUUUGUGGUCAUAGACUUCCUAGUGGGUGUCCUGAUUUUUGCUACCAUUGUGGGCAACGUGGGCUCCAUGAUCUCGAACAUGAAUGCUUCCCGGGCAGAGUUUCAGGCCAAAAUUGACUCCAUCAAGCAGUAUAUGCAGUUCCGCAAGGUGAGCAAGGACUUGGAGACCCGGGUUAUCCGGUGGUUUGACUACCUGUGGGUCAACAGAAAGACAGUGGAUGAGAAGGAGGUGCUCAAGAGCCUUCCAGACAAGCUGAAGGCUGAGAUAGCCAUCAACGUGCACCUGGACACCCUGAGGAAGGUGCGCAUCUUCCAGGACUGCGAGGCAGGGCUAUUGGUGGAGCUAGUGCUGAAACUGCGACCAGCAGUGUUCAGUCCUGGGGAUUACAUCUGCAAGAAGGGUGACAUCGGGAGGGAGAUGUAUAUCAUCAAGGAGGGCAAGCUAGCUGUGGUAGCUGAUGAUGGGGUCACCCAGUUUGUGGUCCUCAGUGAUGGCAGUUACUUUGGGGAGAUCAGCAUCUUAAACAUCAAAGGGAGCAAGUCAGGGAACCGCAGGACAGCCAACAUCAGGAGCAUUGGUUAUUCAGACCUCUUCUGCCUGUCCAAGGAUGACUUGAUGGAGGCUCUCACUGAGUACCCUGAUGCCAAGAAAGCACUGGAGGAGAAAGGAUGGCAGAUCCUAAUGAAGGACAACCUGAUUGAUGAGGAACUGGCCAAGGCUGGGGCAGACCCCCAGGACAUUGAGGAGAAGGUGGAACACCUGGAGUCCUCCCUGGAUACCCUGCAGACCAGGUUUGCACGGCUGCUGGCUGAAUACAACGCCACCCAGAUGAAAGUGAAGCAACGUCUCAGCCAGUUGGAAAGCCAGGUGAAGAUCAUAGUCAGUGACUUCCAGUCUGAUGGAGAUGCUCCAGGGGAGAUUGCAACAGCAGAGGCCAAAGAGCAGUGAGAGUGCAGUUGUCUCUUUCCCACUUUGCAGGAGCGGUGAUCAGCAUGUGAUGUGGCUGCAGUCACACUGCAUGGGGCUUCACCAGUGUCUGAUUCCAGCUCUACCUUCCCUUUGCAAUAUGUGCAGCCUCAGGAGAGGAUAAGAUGAGAGUCCCAGGUUUUCUCAAGAAACCAAGACCCAUGAGUUAAGUGGCAGGUUAUUGUGAGGUUCUGGUGAAACACUGGGUUGACAGAGUUUUUUUUUAAAUGAAGUAUCC